AUGAAGUUAAACAGUUGCACUACCGAGCACCUCGACAGCCGCAGUGAAAUGGACCCUAUCGUCACUUCUCUGCAGAGCAGUUUCCGGCGGGUCUCUCCGGCGGCUAUCCCGCCAAUGUUGGACUGUAUACUGUUUUCCACCGCCGCAUCUCCAACCUCACUGUUCUCCGACCUUCUCAAACAAUUUCCCAGCCUCACCAAGGAUCUUGUGCACGAAAGAGGAAAAUUGGGGACUGAGUGGGAUGACUAUGUUGCAGCCUAUGUGGCUGCCCUUUGCCACUUACUAAAGAAGUCUGGUGCAAAUCACAUCAAUAUGUUUGUCUGGAAAAUAUGGAUUCCUUUGUUGAAGUUUGUGCAUACAGAUGAUCGGGAGCUAUUUAACAAGGUUUCCCGUUUAUUCCUCGAUUUUGUGACCGAAACAAACAGGUGGCAAGUUCUUGAAGCAACAUUAGUGCCUCUACUGUUGCGAUCAAUAGGCCUAUCGAUGGAAAUGUCUCAAAGCAAGGAGUUGACGAUAUAUAAAUGGAGUGAACAUUCAAUUUCUAAGGGUCCCAUGGACGAGGAAGUUAUCUUGAAUUCGUCUGAUGAUUUUCAUGAUAACUUGACUGAAGAGUUAAUAUCAGAAGAUUAUUUAGAAUCUUGCUUUUCUGAUUUUCCAAUUUGUAUAUCUUGUAACAUCUUAAAUUUGUUGUUGGAUGCUACUCUUCAACAUGAACACAAAGGAUUAGUUACUUCAUCACAUGGAUGCAUGACGGAAGUUUUUGCUGGAAAUUUACUCUGGGAUCUUUCUAAUAUGACUCUUCAAAUGCUUUCUCAAAGUUUGGAGCAUCGAUCAUAUGCGAUCAGAUUUCUUCUUCCAGUUAUAUUUAAAGCAUUGGCACAGAGCUAUAGCUUUAAGGUGACAGUUUCUGGGGCGCCUCAUCUAUUAACCAGGAAUGUUUUUUUCAUGAAAUUGUGGAAGUUUUGUAAGUUGCUAUUUUCCAUGGGGUCUCUGGAGAGAACCGACGCGUAUAAUGUUCUUUCUCUUUAUUUAUGCUUUUCGGCACCAACUAAUGAAUCUGAAGAUGUAAAUAGUGGUGGAAGAGUAGAAACAUUUGAUGUAAGAGCUGAUCACAAAUUUUGGGAUGAAAUUAAGAGAGGCUUGGUUGAUGAAGAGAGCUUAAUCAGGAAGCAGUCAUUGCAUAUUUUGAAAAAAACUUUAAACUUGAGCAAUGAUAGGAGAUCAAACUCUUGUGUGUUGGAGGAAGUAGCAGAAAAGAAAGAUUCAGACUCUCGCAUGAUUAGCAAAAGGAAAAGAUGGGCAGACAAAGAAGCCCGGUCGUUAGGUGUUGGACAAAUGUGCCAAGACCAUGAUUCAAGUUUCACUGGCUGGUACAGGUGGGAGGCAUUUGUUUUUCUAUAUGAAAUUCUUGAAGAGUAUGGUUCCCAUUUGGUUGAGGCAGCUUGGAAUCACCAGAUUAUGCUUUGGCUUCGGUCUCUCAAGAACUCUGUGAUCUCUAAUAAUGAAGAGCUCUAUCAUAACCGGAUGGCAACUGCCGAACAAACUUUUGAGUGGUUAACAAUCUUAUGGCAACGUGGCUUUUGCCAUGAUAAUCCUCAAGUAAGGUGCCAUAUCAUGCAAUCAUUUUUGGCAUUUGAGUGGGAGCACUCUGAAGGCUGUGUAAAAUUUGUGCCAAAAGAUUUCAUACUUGGUCCCCUCAUACUAGGAUUAAAUGAUCCUGUGCACCACAAAGAAUUUGGUGUGAAAGAAGUGUACUCUUCAAAAGCUAUUGAGGCUGCAGCUGCAUUAAUGUGCCAAUAUGUCAACUACAUGGAUAGGAGGCAGCAUAUUGCCUUCUUGAUUGAUUUGGCUGCUGUGUCCAAAAUGCAUUCGUUUGGACGAGCUGGGCUGAUGUGCCUUGUGGAGUGCAUUUCUUCUGCUGGUUGUGGAGCCCUAAAGCAUAAUAAUAAUGGCAUUAAGCAUAUUAUGGAUGUUGACACUACUGGAGUUGUGGUUGAACCUGCGGUAAACUCUUGUCAAGUUCAAAGAAGCGACUUAUUGGAAGUUCUACGUUUUGUGAUCGAGUGCAGUAAACAACAUUUUAACCCUAAAUAUCGUCACCAAGUUAUCAAAAAGAUUAUGUCUGCAGCGACCUCUAUGAUGAGUGGAGCUGACAUUCCUCUGAAUAUCAUUUUGCACUUCAUUUGUUCUCUGCCUCGCGAACACACUGAUCCUGGCGGCUCACUGAGAUGUGUAAUUCAGAAGUGGCUCCGCAGUCCCAAUCUUGAGAUUAUGAAUGCUAUAAAUGGAUUUCCGAGGGAUUUUAUCAGUGAUCGGGAUUCAGUGGAUUCUCUUUUUACAUUGGACGAUGAAGAACUAGAUGCAUGGGUAUCAGAAGCAAAACGUUGGUCUCGAGUUUUUUUUCUUGUGGCUGAAGGCAGGGAGCACUUUAGCUUAAUCUUUAAGUUCAUUGAGGAUCAUGGUGCUGAUGUCUGCAAGGAGAAGAGCUCUUUACAGAGGGUGGGAGUGAAAUUUCUCUCUCUUGUUUGCAGCUUGGUUGAGGAACUUCACGUUAUCCAUGAGAGAGCAGCUAUAUUUCAUGUGUCAGGAAGAAUGAAUAGAGACUUUGUUCCUGAUGAAGUUGUCAGUUUAAGUUUUACUGAAGAGUCAGUCAUUACCGACAAGUUCGUGACAUUAUUCUUCUCAUUGCUGGAAAAACUGAUGUCAUUUGCCGAAUUAUCGUGCUCUGUCUUUUGGUGUGGUGUGGUGGCAGAGGAUAUGACUCUUCCAGGUUCCAUAAGAGGAAAACUAGGAGGUCCAAGUCCACGCCGCUUGCCAUCUUCUCUUUGCACUUCUGUUCUGGAAGCUAUAACAACUAUAAGGACUCUUGGAUCUGUGCUGAGAUGGAUUGCGCAGUUUCGAAGAGAUGGUCUAACUAACUCUGCUCAGACAUUCCUCUGGAACUUCUCCUGGAAGAUUAUUACAACUCCAGUCCCUAAAUCAGAGGGUGACGCAGAAAUAUCUGUAGCUGCUUAUGAAGCAUGUGCAUAUGCUUUGAAGGAUUUAGUGUGUUUAUUGUCUCCUUUGUCAUUGGAUCUUGACUCAAACAAUGAUGAGUCAUUUUCAUUAGAAGCAGAAUUCCAAGAUUUGGAUGUCUUUGUGAGUACAUUUCUUCAUAACAUUAACAAUGUUAUUGAUGCGGGAAGUUUGACACGGUCACGAAGGGCAGUGUUGAUGAACUGGAAGUGGACCUGCCUGGAACUUCUGCUGUCGCUACAUAAGUAUGCACUGUGCAAUGGAGUUGAUGUGCGCAUAUGUAAGCUGUACUUAUCUGACACAACAGCAGAACAAAUUUUUGGUGAUCUUGUUGGAAGCCUUGAAAAUGCUGGAGAAGAAUCUGUCUUGUCCAUGCUUAGAUCAGUUAGAUAUAACAUGGAGCUGUUUCACUUAAAAGGAAUGGAUCAAUCGAUUUCCUCUUGUGAUGGGAUAACACUCGAGAUGAUGUGGCUUUUGGUUCGUUCUUCUUGGAUAUUGCAUAUCAGCUGCAACAAAAGGAGGGUGGCUUCUAUAGCUGCACUUCUGUCCUCUGUCUUGCAUUAUUCAGUGUUUGGGAAUGAACUCAUGCAUGAGGUCGAUAAUGCUCCUGGACCUUUAAAGUGGUUUGUUGGUAAAAUUCUUGAAGAAGGCACAAAAAGUCCACGCACCAUUCGUCUUGCCGCAUUGCAUUUAUGUGGACUUUGGUUGGCAUAUCCAACUACAAUAAAAUACUAUAUUAAUGAGUUAAAGCUAUUGACAUUUUAUGGUUCUGUUGCUUUUGAUGAAGACUUUGAAGCUGAACUGUCUGAAAAUCUAGAUGCAAGAACUGAAGUAUCUGUACUGUCAAGAAGCUUAGAUCCUGAGUUAACCGAUGUGUUCAUCAAUACAGAGUUGUAUGCGCGUGUGUCUGUUGCUGUUUUGUUUGCAAAGCUUGCGGACAUGGCGUACUUGGAGAAAUCUGCUAGUAAUGAAGAUAACUUUGCUGUUAUUGCAUCUGGGAAACUUUUUUUGCUAGAACUUCUUAAUUUUGUGGUUCAUGACAAAGAUCUGUCCAAGGAAUUGUAUAAAAAGAAUAGUGCGAUUCAUAGGCGGAAAGUACGUGCAUGGCAAAUGAUAUGUGUGCUUUCACGAUUUAUUGAUCGAGGCAUCAUUGAGCAAGUAACAUUCAUCCUGCAUGCAUCCCUUUACCGGAACAACUAUCCUUCUGUUCGUCAAUACUUGGAAACUUUUGCUAUAUGCAUAUAUUUGAAAUUCCCUUCACUGGUUGGUCAACAAUUGGUUUCUCAGCUUAGGAAUAAUGAUAUGAAGCCACAGGCUUUAUCAUCAUAUGUAUUCAUAGCAGCUAAUGUCAUUCUAAAUGCUAAAAGAGAGACUCAGUUUGGACACCUAGAUGAACUACUUCCUCCUAUAAUUCCAUUACUGACCUCUCAUCAUCACACCUUGCGUGGUGUUACUCAGUUAUUGGUGUAUAGAGUUCUUGAAAAGUUGUUGCCUGAUUCAAAUUCUGAUGCUCAUGCUAGCAUGUCUUUGGAGCGGAGGUGCUUUGUGGAUUUGAAACACUACUUGACACAUAACCCAGACUGUGCAAAGUUAAGAUCUUCCAUGAGUUGUUAUCUUGAUGCUUUCGAUCCACUAAAGUCUGCAUCACCUGUUGGAAUAUUUUGUAAUAAGGUCAAGGAGCUUGAAUUUGAGUGCGUUCCAACCACAUUCAUGGAGCGGGUUAUUGAUUUUCUAAAUGACACAAGGGAGAAUCUUCGAAGUUCGAUUGCUAGAGAUGCAGCUGUGCUCGAGAAUGAGAGCAUUCAAGUCGAUGGUGGUCUUAAGUGUAGUGAAAUAUUGAACUCGGAUGAACAUGCUGAUAUCCAACAUGAAAAACAAUUUUUAUACGACUUUCAAAGAAAAAUUAAUUUCUCCAAGAAUGAGAUGCAGGACUCCGACGUAGCAGUUUCCAUGGACAUGAAAACAUCAUACUGUUCACUUUUGGAUAACAUGGAAAAUGAAGAUCAACUUGUUGAUCGGUUGCUGCAUAUCAGGGGAACGGUUGUUGAGAAGUUAAAGUCAGACAGACAAGAAAUUGUCCUGCUAGCAUCACUGGUUGAUCGAAUACCUAAUCUAGCUGGGUUGGCACGGACAUGCGAGAUAUUUAGAGCAGCUGGACUCGCUAUUGCGGACAAAAAUACAGUAAAUGACAAGCAAUUCCAACUUAUCAGUAUAACCGCAGAGAAGUGGGUUCCUAUUUUGGAAGUCCCCGUGGUGAGUAUGAAAACAUUCUUGGAGAAGAAGAAGCAAGAGGGUUUUGCUCUGCUGGGUCUGGAGCAAACUGCAAAUAGUUUCCCACUACACCAAUACAAGUUUCCUAGGAAAUCGGUAUUAGUUCUUGGCCACGAAAAGGGAGGAGGAGCAUGUGGAUUUGGAGAAUAUGGGAGGACAGUGAACAAUGGUUUGGUGAGUGGAGUGUCGAGGCUUUACAGGAAUGGAAGUGGUUGUGGUGCAUGCUAUCAGGUCCGAUGCAAAAUCCCUUCCGCGUGCACCGAGGAUGGGAUCAAGAUCGUGGUCACUGAUUAUGGCGAAGGCCACGACACGGACUUCAUCCUAACCGCUAGAGCGUACGCCAGUCUAGCAUCCUCUCCAGACGCAGCUGCCCAUCUGCUCGGUUACGGCGUGGUCGAUGUCGAGUAUCGACGGGUCCCGUGCCAGUUCGACUCCUCAAACCUCCUCCUCAAGGUCCACGAGCACAGCAGCUACCCGUCCUACUUGGCUGUCGUGCCCCUUUACCAAGGUGGGGCCUACGACGUGACCGGAGCCCAAGUGUGGGUGGAGGAGUGCAAGGAGUGGCGGGCCAUGCGAAGGGUGUAUGGUACAGUGUGGGACAUGGAAAAUCCGCCACUUGUCAUCACAAAUAUUCGGUUCCAACUCAGCGCGGGUGAUCAAUUUGUAAAGUGGGUGGAGCUGCCACGUGUCAUCCCGAAUGAGUGGAAGGCCGGGGUUGCAUAUGAUACCGGCCUUCAACUUGUUUAA